GGCUUCCCUACUGCCAUGUCUCCCAUCCCCCAGACACCCUCUGGGCUUCCCAAGAUCAAGUUAGUCGGCAGGAAAUCGCUGCCACCGACACCUGCCGAUCCAAAACCACCACGGACUCCUCGGCCUGCGGAAGGCAACGCGCAGGCGGGCAUUCCGAAGAUCACAAAGACCAAGCCCAGGUCAAAACUACCCUCCAAGCGGACCACCAGACACGAUAGCGACGACGAGGAUACCCCGCUCGCCAACGGCACCAGCCUGGAGCCCAAGAUGAAGAAGACCAAGAUCACGCUCAAGCCGCUCACGGGCGCCAAACUGGGCCAGCUACACAGCGCAAAGACCCCCUUGUUAAAAGUAAAGGCCAUAGGGAGGAUUCCACCGCGGCCGCUUGGCGAGGGCUACGACUCAGAGGCAGAGGAUAGAGAGAUCGACCCUAUUAUUGAGGAGCAGUUCCUGCUGCGCAUGAUGCCUGGGGAACACUGCGAAUAUCUGCAAAAAGCUGUUCAAGAACGGAGAAUUGGCGUUCCUAAGAGCAACGGCGGUGCCGACGUGCAGAUGAAGUUCCUGGAUGACGAGGGACGUCGAAUAAUGUUCACGAUCCAGGGCCAGGCAUAUGCGGCCAUUCUACUGGAUCUCCCCACUAUCACCGAGGGCAUGAAGUCUUGGGACAAGAAGUCGAUGGUCAAGUCUGCAGACAUUUGCCAGAUGCUUUUAGUCUUCGCCCAAGUCGCUAGCGAGGAGGAGGCCAAGAAAGCCAUACUACCCAAGGCGGUCGAGCACGGUCUGCGGUGGCCUCACGGAAUCACACCGCCCAUGCACGACGCCAGGAACCGCCGCUUCAGGAAGCGGCUCAGCAAGCUCGAAAUCAGAAACAAGGAGGCUGAGGUCGAACGCUUGCUUGCAGCUGACAGGGAGGCUGUGAGCACCAAGUACGAGUUUGUCGACGAAAAACACAAAGACGACGAGGGAUCCGGCGACGAAUAUGAGUCCGGAGAAGAGGAGGAUGGCGAGGCUGACGCCGACGGAGAGCCUGAUGACUACUUUGGUGACGCCGAAGCCCUGUUCGAAGUUGAUGACGCACUACUCGAGGCCGAGUUCAUGGACGCCGUGGGAACACCUGCCGACCCCAUGGACUUGGCCACGCCGGCGGUUGGAAUAGAUGCUGUCACACCCAUUACAGCAAACACUGGCACUCCUGCCGCCCAGACUGAGGAAAGCGGCGAAGAGGGAGAUUCGGGUGAUGACGAGGACGAGGACGACGACGGUGACGAUGGUGGCAUGGACGACGAUGACGGCGACGAGGACAGGACCGACGAGAUGGCCGGUGUCCGCAAGGCUAUUGCCGACUUGAAGAAACAGCUGGCCGAAAAAGAGGACCAGCUGUCCAAGAUGCAGCAGCCUAUCAUGAGGAAGAGAAUCGGCGAAACGAUCAAGAGUAUAAGGUCGGAAAUCAAGUUGAAGCAAUCGUCUAUCGGCGAGGUCGACGAGGACUAG